UUUCACUUCUUUCGCAACUUCUCGUCGCCCUUCACCACAAGUCUCCAGACUUCACAUUUUUCGUGUGUGUUGUUACGUGGCGAAAAGAACGUCGAACGAAGAAGAGAAACAGUGAGAGAGAGAGAGAGAGAGAGAGAGAGAGAGAGAGAGAGAGAGAGAGAGAGAGAGAGAGAGUCAGGCGGAGACGGAGAAUGUGUGAAGGGUGGUUUAACACUCUUUAAAAAUUGGUAGCAGCGUGGCAAAGGCGAAAGAAAAAGAUUUUUUUCUUUUUUUUUUACCUUUUUUUUUUACUGGGGGUUUGAGUUUUUUAGAUUUAUAAAUUGUGGAAAAGAAAAAUAAAAGAAAAAAUAAGAUAUUAGAAACAACAUGCCUGGUACAGUAUACGUUUGGUUCGCUGUCCUUCUCUCUUACAUUGGAAUUACCAAACUAACGAUCACGGUGCUGGCUACCACAUCAGAAUCGUUCUCUGAAUCUGAAGGACCGCUUGGUCCAAAAACCUCUAUAGAAUAUGACCCCUCCUACCAAAAUAUCGCCGGACCUUACAACGAUAUGUUCCCGUUAAGCGGACAUAAUUUUACAGAGAAAUUAUUAAAAUCCAAAGAUCCAUGGAUUGUUGUUUUUCACGAUGGUUUCAUGUCUAGGAAUUGGCAGGCGAUGGCCGAGUCGUUACGUGGAGUGGUUUGGGUUGGAAUGGUUAACAGGCUCGUAGAAAAAACACUGUUGGAUGAAAUUGAAUACACCACCUUGGAAAACGCUGAAACAAUAAUCUACCCGUAUGGCGACAAAGAAUUGAAAUCACGCGAGAUUGCACGUAAUGCAAACGAUGCUAAGUUCAAAGCGUUGAAAUCUUUACCUGAUGUGACCAAACGCCUAGAUAUUAAUUCUUUACAAGGCUUCCUUCUUGAGAGUUACAUGGCCACACCGUCGCGUUUCCCAACAAUCAUAAUCACAGUCACUUUUUGGGUAUCUCUGGCUGCCGAUAAAAUCCUUUCUUUACUCUGA